UAAAAACACAAAUGCAGAACACUCUCGCUGCAGUCAGUUUAUGAUGUCUUCUCAGAGACAUCAUGUGGACCAUGUUGUUGUUGAUCGGACCUUUCUGAUGGAAAUGAUCGGGAAUUACGGGCUUGAGGAAUGACAGGCCUCUUCUGAAGGACACUGGUACUCACUGCGGACGGGAUGUUGGGUUUUUUCUUGCUCUGGUUCGGCUCUGUGCUCUGCGUCUCUGGGUUCGACGUGUUGAGCUGCAGAAACUCCUCCGUCACUUUAAACGUGGUUCUGCUGGAGGAUGAAGAUUCGCCCUGGAGCCUGAAGUUCGUGAAGGACAUGGUGGAAAUGGCUGUCGAAGCGGAGAACAAACAAAACCAGGACGCGGGCCUGGACUUCCAGAUCACGGUUCUGUUCAGCGGGUUCAACACGACUCAUUACCGGCGCAGGGGUUGCGGCAGCAGUACGUGUGAAGCCGUGGAGAUCCUCAAGUCCCUGCAUAACAGCAGUGAACUCGGAUGUGUGAUGUUGGGUCCGUCCUGCACUUACGCCACUUUUCAGCUGGUGGAUCAGAAUGUGGGUCUGACGCUGACUAUCCCCAUCAUCUCCGCUGGGAGUUUCGGUUUGUCCUGCGACAACAAGGAGAAACUCACCCGGCUGCUUCCUCCGGCUCGCAAAAUCUCCCAGUUCUUUGUCUACUUCUGGGAAGCGUACUUCCCCAACCUGAAACCAAAGUGGAAAACAGCGUACAUCUAUAAAAAACCCAACAACACAGAGGAGUGCUUCUGGUACAUCAAUGCUCUGGAGGCGGGAUCCGCUUACUUCGCCACCAACAUAUCCAGAGCAAUGCUGUCGACUCCAGAUGAACUGAAUAUAUACCUGAAAGCUAAAGACCGACACAGCAACAUUUUUGUCGUGUGUGGGACUCCAGACGACAUUCUCCACAUUAAGCACACCUCCAAAAGUUCUCCAGAUGUGGUUUUCGUCCUGAUCGACCUGUACAAUGAGGGUUAUCACACCAACGUGUCCAGCUUCGAUCACAUGAAGAACGUGCUGGUGGUCACCAUGCACAGCUUCAGGAGCUACUCCAACCACACGGCCUGGAAGUCCAACGGAACGGCACUGAACGAUUAUGUGGUGGCUUACCAUGAUGCCGUGGUUCUCUUCGGUAAAAUGAUGAGAGACAAUCUGCUGGCAAUGAAGAAACAAUCGUAUGGUGAGAGCAGUGACAUCAUUCCCUUCAGGAACAUGACGUUUGAUGGUGUGGGUGGACACUAUGAAUUAGACGCCAGUGGAGACAGAGACUUCAAUCUGUCUGUGGUUUACACAUCCAGGUCAAACAAGUAUAGGACACUCUUUGUCUUCAACACGUCCCUGAACAUCACGCGGUUGAAUCACUCGAAUCCUGAACUGCAUUGGGACGGAUCACGGCUGCCCAGUGACAAACCCGCUCUCGGUAUGGAGACUCAGAACAUCAUCAUGAUCGUCCUCGGGCUCAGUGUGGUGAUCGCCACGGCCAUCGCUUUCAUCUUGUACAGGCAGAACAGGCGAGUGAGAAUCAAUCAGAAGAAAUGGUCUCACAUUAACCCGUCGGUCAUCACUCCACUGGACGACGAAGAGAGAAACCACUUCAGUCUGAGAAUCGAUGAGGAUAAGAAGGGUGACAACAGCGUCGAGAUACAACACAAAGGUCGAUACGACAAAAAGCCCGUCAUUCUGAAGGAGCUGAGAAACACCGACGGAAACUUCUCUGAGGAUCAGCGAAUCGAGCUCAACGCUCUGUUGCGCAUUGACUACUAUAACCUGACCAAGUUCUACGGGACGGUGAAGUUCGACUGUGGCGUGUUUGGGGUGUUUGAGUUCUGCGAGAGAGGAUCACUGCGGUGUGUGCUCAACGAUAAGAUCUCGUAUCCCGACGAGAGCUUUAUGGAUCUGGAGUUCAAGAUCUCCGUCAUGUACGAUAUCGCAAAGGGCAUGUCGUACCUGCACUCCAGUAACGUCAGCGUUCAUGGCCGUCUGAAAUCCACCAAUUGUGUGGUGGACAAUCGCAUGGUGGUGAAAAUCACCGACUUCGGCUGCAACACCAUCCUCACGCCCAGGAAAGACCUGUGGACGGCGCCGGAGCACAUGCGUGUUCAGGGAAUCUCUCAGAAGGGCGACGUCUACAGUUUCGCAAUCAUCUCGCAGGAGAUCAUCCUGAGGAAGAGCCCUUUUUACACCAGCUGCUGCUGCGACAUGGCAGAGAAAAUCUAUCGCGUUCAGUGUCCGCGGGGUCCGAACGUCUUCCGACCGGAUCUGAGCUUUGAGUCCGUUGGAGAAACUGAAGCUGAGCUGUUCGUGCUGAUCAAGAGCUGCUGGGAGGAGGAUCCAGAGAAACGUCCGGAGUUCAAGCGGAUCGAGGGCGCUCUGGGGAAGAUCUUCAGUAACUUUCAUAACCAGGCCAACGCCAGCUACAUGGACAACCUGAUCCGCCGGCUGCAGAUGUACUCCCGGAACCUGGAGCACCUGGUGGAGGAGAGAACGGCCCUGUACAAGGCCGAGAGAGACCGAGCCGAUCAGCUCAACUUCAUGCUGCUGCCGGGGCCAGUGGUGCGCUCUCUGAAGGAGACGGGGCGCGUGGAGCCCGAGCUGUACGACGAGGUCACCAUCUACUUCAGCGACAUUGUGUGCUUCACCACGCUCUGCCACCACAGCACACCCAUGGAGGUGGUGGACAUGCUCAACGACAUCUACAAGAACUUCGACAGCAUCCUCGACCACCACGACGUCUACAAGGUGGAGACCAUCGGUGACGCGUACAUGGUGGCGUCCGGUCUGCCGAAGCGCAACGGGAACAGACACGCGGUGGACAUCUGUCUCAUGGCUCUGGACAUCCUGGAGUUCUUGGGGACCUUCCAGCUCAGACACCUGCCGGAAAUCCCUCUGUGGAUCCGUAUCGGGAUCCACUCAGGUCCAUGUGCGGCAGGUGUGGUGGGUAAUAAGAUGCCACGUUACUGUCUGUUUGGAGAUACGGUCAACACGGCGUCACGUAUGGAGUCUACGGGCCUGCCUCUGAGGAUUCACGUGAGCGAGUCGACCAUCCAGAUCCUGCACCGGACCGACUGUCAGUUUGAGUGCGAGCGUCGCGGAGAAACACACCUGAAGGGUAAAGGGAAGGAGAUGACUUACUGGUUGACUGGAGUUACUGGGCAGAAAUACAACCUGCCGACACCACCAACAGCAGAGAACUUCCAGCGUCUGCAACAGGAUCUGGCCGAGAGGAUCGUCUCCACGCUGGAAAAACCCGGGAACGAGCUGCGGAAAACACUCUCUACACGCCAGCGGCGAUCACACACACACGCUCACACUCACAGCAGCGACAGUCAGCCUGAAUACCUGCACCUGACCGACCCCACAGCACACCUGUAGAGAAAACACACACUUACUCUCACACACACACAACGACCAACCCGAAUACCUGCACCUGACCGACCUCACAACAUAUUUGUAGAUAACACACACACUCACACGACGACCAGCCCGAAUACCUGCACCUGUCCGACCCCACAACAUAUGUGUAGAUAACACACUCACAAACUCACACCUAUAGUACAUAUACACACACACACAGCAGCGACGGCCAUUCCGAAUACCUGCACCCGACCGACCCCUCAACACACCUGUAGAGAACACACACACCUGUUAAUACAUAAUUCAACACCAAUUAAUACAUAAUUUAGCUAUGAAGUGUUGCUCAUUAUGUUUCAGUGUUCAUAAAAACCACUUUGAUUUAUUUAAUCCUUUAAUCAUUCUGAAACGGCUGAUUUUAAAAUGAAUGAUGUAUGUAAUGUACAAUAUGACUUCAUAAUUGUUUCUUACUCAUAGACAAUAAGACAACAAACUG